UUGUACAAAACAAGGUGAAAAGUUACUAGAAAAACCUAUUGGCAGCGCUUGAAUUCAAGUUGACACUUAACCGUUUUGCCGCAAAGCCGAAAUAACCUCAAACUUUUAAUGUUUAUGAGCGUUUUAUUAGUAAAAACAGACUAUAAUCAUGUCUGACGCAUUAAACAAGUCAGAAGAUUUGUGGAGUUCCUACAAGGGGCUGAAAAAAAUCAUCUGGAAAAGCCUGAGCGAUGACCCCGAUGAUGUCUACGCCGUCGAAUUCGAAAAUACGUUACGCAAAUACAAACAAAACUUUUUUUCCCUCCUCCAGAAUCAGCCCAAAAAUGCAAAAAGCCGCGAGGAGCUCAAGAAGGGAAUGGUGGACGGGAUCGUCAUCAAAGGCCUCGGCCACCAAAUCCUCUCCAAGGAGCUGUACCAAGAAGCCAUUAUUUUAUCAGACAUGUAUGACAUGAAUGAGUUUGUGGCCCUGGACCUCCUGUGCACCGCCCAAAUCCAGAUGUCUUUCUACCCCGGCCUUCCCCGCGGCCUGGUCGCCGUUUUGCUGUACUACGACGGCCGUAAGUCCCUAGUUCAGAGUUUGCGGUACUUGGUCCAGGCCCGGACGGGCGUCCAAUGGAGCGUCAGCAUUAAGCCCGACGUUGAAAAAUUCGUCACUACUUACACAGACCAGUUGAUGGAAGGCGGUUUGUUCAACCGCAUUUUCGAGUUAUUGCGCACUUUAGACUUGAGUAAAGAGAUGGACAAGUUGCAAGAAAACCUUGCCUUAGGCGGGCCCCGGCACCGGCGCCAAGUCAUGGACUUGUUCCAAGACAUUCGCGUUAUUCUCGCUGAUAUUGUUUUCACUUGGGCGGCGCAGUCCGGCCUUCCCAAAGCCCCCACUUUGGCUUUGAUUAAUUACUUGCGCCAGGCGGAAAUUGAAGAAGAGGCCUCGGGGAAGUUGGAUAAUGUUAACUUGUAUUUAAUUAUGGCCCUGUUGUCGGCGUUCGAUCUCAGCGUGUUGCAUUCGCGGGAAGAUGGGGAAGAGGCCGUGCAAAGUCUGCCGAUAUUGUCAGACCCUGAUUAUGUCAACACGGUUAUUAAUGAGUUACAACCGGGGAAACCCAAGUGGAAGUGUGAGGGGCUCCAAGCUGUGGCUACGUUCGGUCUGGCUGUUUGUCUAGCCUCGCUUAGGCUUAUUCCCCAAAAUCAGCAAUUCCAAGAUGUUAUCAACAAAGAAGAGACUUUUGUAGACGCCGCUAUUGAAAAUCACGUCUUUGAAUUUAUCCAUAACAUUAUUCUUGAAAAUGAAGUUUUGUACAAAGAAACUUUCGUCUACAAACGGAUGCAUCACUUGAUUACGGAUUUUAUCGUAUAUAUGUAUCCAAAAGUGAAGGAAUUGCGGAUCAAAGCCGAUGAAAUCGCCAGAACUGUUCAGAUUUACACACGGGAGGGACUGGACGCUCCAGCGAACCUCCCACGGUACUUUGAGUACCUCCUCUUGACCAUAGCCAAAGUUUACUCAAAAGACAUCCUCAACACUGAAUACGUGCUAAGUUACUGGAGUCCCGUCGAACUUAAUUCAACUCAAUACAGUUCUCAUCGUUCGUCAUCUCGUGCCGUUUCGUUGUUUAAGUUUGUCCGUCUUGCGGGUGAUAUGUUACCACCCACACUUUUCGUUCCCUAUUUAACAAUGUUAAGUAGCCUGUCGUCAUGUCCUCAAGCAGCUCGCCAUUGUUUCAACAUGUUGAAACAAGUGGGGCCCCAACUAACCGCCACCCUGUCUUGGGACCACUUCUUCACGUCCUUUGCCCAGUAUUACAAUAAUUUGCGCCAGGAAUUACCCCCUGUGACCGACACAGUUUACCGAAAUACGUACCUUAAAGGCGUCUCCCCUCAAGAGCUGGAAGGCCUUCACGCUGUGUUGUUGCUAAUCAGGACAAUCGCCGACCAUGAUGAGUUUUCAAGGUUGGCACUAUGCGAGCAUCCGGGUUGGGCCCCCUUGACAAUUCUGUUGGGUUUGGUGGGCUGCUCAGUGCCAAUUCCACUAAAAUCCGAUCUUUUGCUCACUCUGGCUUCGUUAAGUAAAUCGGCGGAAAAUGCGGCACAGAUGUGGGAUAAUUUGGAAACGUCCCAAAUAUUAGUAACGGUGCCUACAACCUCGAGCUACGCCCCCAGAGGGAUUCAGACGGAAUUGGACGAGAUUGAGGCCCGACUUGAGGAGUAUCCCUUGACCAGAGCCAUGUUGAAGCUUCUGGACGUUUUGACCGAUUUUGGAAUCCCGAGGACUUUGGGGGCCGGGCCCAGGCCCCCCGGCUUCGAUCCGUACUUGUCUUUCAUCGUAAAUUCAAUCUUUCUCAAAUUUCAUACGAGGUCGUACCGGAAUUCGUCUGAAAAGUGGGAAAUCGCCAAGCUUUGUCUGAAACUGUUCGAGAAGUUUUUGACACAGUACGAUCCACAAAUUAGCGAUUUUCCCAAAAAGAACCUCCCGUCUGAGUUUAAUCCGCCCCCGGGGUACCACUUGAUGCUCCAGUUGAAUAACAAAUCUGAGUUAUUGAGUGUUAUUUUGGAUAUUAUCGAUGAAGGGAACAGACUGUUUGAUACUUAUGUUUCCUUCCCCAACCAACAGUUGUUGGAAGAAUGUACCUUGCUUUGCUUGAACAUCAUUCAUUCGGUUUUGGCUUUACACGGGAAAUUUGUUAAUGUGUUAACGGCUUCAUCGGCUUCUAUCCUUUUGACGAAUUUAACUAAACUUCUCUUGACUAUCAAUAGGAGGACUGGAAAGCCGGACCAUUGUGUCAAUAUUGCGAAAUAUGUGAGCUACCAACCCUAUUUGUUGAAACAUAGCCACGUAGUGGUGAAAAUACUGAACCAUGUGACCAACACACCACUUUUGCAUAAUCAAUUUAUCAAUAUCUUCUUGUCCUCGGAUGCAAAAGAUGAAAUCAAACACGGGUUCGUGCUCAGUUUGGACAGUGAUGUGGCCGAGGAGGACGCACAAUUGACCAUUAAAACGAAAUUGGAAAUUCUUAAACUGAUAAAACACUGUCUCCCCUACACGGCCCCCAAUUUCAGUCACUUCCUCCUAGGCUUCGAUAUUAGGAAAGAUAUUUCAAAGACCGAAUUCCAGUAUUCGGGAGUUUUGGAUUUUCCGCGAUCUUGUCUACAUUCUAUAAUUUCGUUAAUGGAGGCCGAAGUCGUGAAAGAAAGUUCCAUUACAUCGCCAUUGCUCGAAUCGGCAUACGAAGUGAUUUUCCUAUUGUCUAGUAACAGUAAAACGUACGGCCCUGUCUUGCGCUUCCUUCGACUCAAUAAGAAAUUUUUCACGUAUCACUUGAAUCUGUGCCGCAGCCGAAUAAACGAGGGUCUGCACGUCCUGAACCAGAUUUCGUGGUUGAUGAAAACGCUCGCUGUCGAGUUGAAAAUCUGCGGCCAAAGCAAACAAGUCAGUUAUAUGAAACAGUUGACUCACUUUUUAGUCAGCUUGCCGCAAAUUGAGAACAACACGAAUCAAGAUCCCUUCAGUGCGACCUACAAAGAGGACGUCAGAGAGGGCAAUUACAUGUUCCUGGAGCGCAUAAGUAACAAUUUUCUGGUCAAUUUGAUCCCGCAUUUUGAGUUCAAACCCGACACUGUGCAAGCCCCCGAGUGGCAAUUUUUCGAUGCCAAGGUCCUCAACGUGUUGCUCGAUCAUUGCGUACAAGACGGGGGGCAAAAACUAAUCGACUUAAAGAAGCUUCACCAGAGGCUUUACGACGAGGUGAAGCUCCUCCAAGGCACGGCUGUGAUGGGGCAAAUCCAGGCGGUGACCCAGGAAAUCCCCAAGGUGUUGAAAUACGCCCUCGAGUUGAACAAGAACAAGGAAAAGUACGCUUCGAUUGUUCAAUUCGUGGACGCCUGGAGGCAAGUCGUGGAAGUCCUCAUGGUGUUCAUCCCGCACGAGAUAUUAUCAGUCAAAGAAUCCCAAUUGGUUGGCGUCUGUUUCGUUUUAAAUCUCUUGAAACGUGUGGGUAAAAUCGAGCUCUUGCCCGAAGUUGGUCAGUUGUUGUCAGGUGCGGUUUUGUUAAUAAUCGAAAAUCUGCGAAAAUGCCACAUCUACGAGCGCAAACAGCAGAACUUCUCGUCCGAGACGGACAUCCCGGCCAGCAUGCUGCAAAUGCUCCUAGGGUCGCUUAAGGAAGUUUUGGAAAAUUUGAUUGAGUGGAUCAUGGUGUCCAACGUCACGGAUGAAAAGCUCAAAAUCAAUCUUUACGCAGCUUUGGUCACUUUGCUGGAGUUGGCAAGCUUGGAGAAGCCCCCCGAGAGUGCGUCCCUCUCGAACAGCAUGUACGUGAGCCGGCUGGACAACUCGAGGGUCAGCAUCGAGAACCACUUGCAGAAUUUUAAAAUGUCGACCGAUAGUUUGGCCAAAUUUGGCGAGAGGCUGGUCGAGGUGAUGUGCCAGGACUGCAUCGGCGGGUACGACGUGUCCCGGAUGUUGGCAUUGUCCAGCUUCAGUGUCUUGAUCACACUGUCGGGGAAUAUCAACUGGAUUGCCUACAUGUCGGGGCGCGGGUACUUGAAAGUGAUAAUCCAGUCGAUUUUGGACAGUAAUAACGACCUGGAACGGCUGCUCGAACCCGGCCAAACGUCCAUCAAGCCGUUGUAUGUCUACAUGUCGAAGGUUUUGUUUCUGGGGCGCUUGGCGGGCACGAGAGUCGGGGCCGAAUUGCUCCUCGAGCAGAAGAUUUUCUCCUGCUUUGGCAACAUGAACGUGUUCAGUUACCACCCAGAGAUUGCGAAAACGUGGCGCCCGAACGAUAUUCUUGAAAGUUUCGUGCCACCACCCGAGGAGUUGUACCUCCAGAUGUGGUUGCCAACUCUGGAAGUUUGCAACGCGAUUUUAACGACCCUCGGGACCGACAACCAAUCGGCUGUGGUCCAGAUAAUGUAUUUUAUUUUGAACCAUCUGGACGUGGUUGAGACGAUUCUCCGGUCGGGGAGUCCCUCCCUCUCCCGUCAGUUUUUAAAAGAGUUGUCUCUACUGACUUCGGUGAUUGCCCGCACUGCCAACAACAAUCUAGUGAAUAUCCUCGAAAAUCCGGACAUUGUGCACGACCAAAGGGCGCAUCUGUUUCGGAUACAGAAGCUGACGCUUGCCCUUUUGCCCAAAUUUAUCCUCACCGAUGAGGUGGUGAAAGAGCUCGUCAAUAGGCAAGGCGAGCGUUCGCACACUUUCCAGACCUCGGAGCGGUUGCUCUUUGCCAUGCAAGUGAUGGCGAACUUGUUGUCGUACUCGCGGAAUGUUGUGGCCAAUCAUGAUGUGGAGCACGGGGGAAUCGGGGUUAUUUUUCAACCGACUUUGAAAGACCCUGGUUUAAAUUCGGUUGAUUUGAAGAACGGGCUGAAUUUUAACGACCAAACGCCGUCUUUGGGCGUGGUUGUGCAGCAGUUGAUAAAUGUUGUGAACCACCACCACCAAGAAAAAUUCACUUAUGAGUUGUUGGAGAGGAAGAUUAAGGAAAUCCCGGUCAUGGAUAGCACCGAUGUUGAUGAGUUUAUCGAAGAAUCGCUGAAUCUUCAAGAUGUUAACACGAAAAGGGAGCAUGUGUACGAUUUAAUCUCGAACAGACUGGAGAAGAAGAGGAAGGAGAUGCAGUACUGUUGUUAUAUUAUCGAAAAUGCGAUUUAUUUGAUUUGGGUGCACUUGGAUUAUUACAUGCUGAAGGCGAUCCCCAAAGUUAAGAAUUUCGGUUCUUUGGCGGUAAAGUCACCAAUGACACCAGGGACUCUAGCAUCUGCUACGGAAGCGACUUGGAAAGUAUCAACAGAUGAUAUAAGUAAUCUCAAGCACGGUUUAGUGUCAAUUUUUAACGACAGCUUUACUAAACAGUUGUUGGAGACCAUACAAGACCAAUCCGACCUGGACAAAGGGUUCGUUGAAACAAUGUUGAGAAAAAUAAUCCGUUUGAUACAAUUUGUGCCAGUUAAGUAGUUGUAUUUUUUCUUUGUUUAAUAAACUAUUUUUGCUAUAAGUUUAAUAAAAAGCCUCCAAUCAA